GAAAAAAAAAUCAAUUCAAUUGUAUUUAAAAAUUUUUGAUUUUUUUGUGGUUUUAUUUUGUGUUACUAAUUGCCGACAAUUGACAACAACAACAACACCGGGAGGGAAAAAAAUGUCAAAUUUUAAGAUACAGGUGCCGAUAGGCUUGUCAUUGAUAAUUCACAUAAUCUGUCUACUGGUAUUGGUGUUUUCGUUGACGUCGACAAUUCACGAAAACCUCCUGUCCUGCCGACCCAUACCUAACUUAGAGGAACAGUUAGCCGCCAGUAACCAGUCGGCCGUCUUCAAUAGCACCGUCACCAACACUACUGCCAACACUACCGCAAAUCAAUCACCGCCGCCAUCGACACCGCAUACAGGAAAACCUGUUAUUAUACAACAGUGUAUGACCACUGUAUUGACCUGUAUUGGCGGCUAUAUGUUUGUAUGGCUGACCUCAAUAGUAGUCGAGUCGGUAAUCUAUGGCUAUUCCAUGUCCGCCGCCGUCGCCGCCGCCGACGACACCGAACUUAUGAAUUGCCGAAAGUUUCGGCUAAUGCUUAUCAAUAAAUUUGGUAUACUAUUACUGGAAAUGUUGGCACUGUUUGUCGUAACGAUAGCCGUCGGCAAUGGGGUUGGCUUUUCUGAGUUGGCGGCCAAUGAUGAUGACAAUCCACUUUCUGAGUGUCGACAGUGGCCGAUGACCGCAAAAUUGGUCCAAUUGACUGUGGCCUGGUGGUCAAUGUUGGGUACGGUAGCCAUUAUGAUAAUGUUAUACAAAUUGUAUACCAAUUAUAUGGGUACUCUAGUUGAGUAUUAUAGAAAUUAUUUAGCCAAAUAAAUCUAUAUACCUGUCCUCUAACCCUAACCCCUACCCCCAUACCCCCAUACCCUUACAUAUUAACUAUA